AUGCACAAGGAGGACCUUGUUAGAGUAUUGCAUGCCUUGGACAGCAACAAAGAUGGCAGUGUAAGUGCAGAGGAGGUAGUAGGUCUGGUGGAAAUUCUUGGGCUCAAAUGCUUUUGUGAUGAUAAUGUGAAGAUCAUGAUGGGUUUACAGGAGCAUAUGAGCUGUAAUGAUUUUCGCAAACUUUGCAAGAGUCUGAGGGAGGAAGCUGAAUCUGAAGAAAGCAUAAAGGAAGUGUCUCAUGAAGCAGAGUUAAGAGAAGCAUCCUCUCUUUUUGAUAAAGAUGGUGAUGGUUUUAUCACACCAUCUGAGCUUCAAGAUGUCCUGCUAGGCCUGAUACAGAGCGAAGGGCAAGACGUGGAAAAUUGUAAAACAAUGAUAGUAAGAUCUGACAAAAACUCUGAUGGUAGAAUUGAUAAACUACGAAAUUUAUAA